GCGCCGCGUGGAGUGGCCUGGCUUAACAGCAGGGAGGGCAAAGCGUUGCUCUUUGACCUCCCAGAAUAGUCACGUGGGCUGACCCGGAGCCGGGGCGGAAAGGCUGCGUAAGUGUCUUCCGGGUCAUUGACAGAAGCAUCAAUUCCUGGGAGUAGUUCGUUGGUUUUCUUUACCUUCAUCCUUUUGCCUGUUCCCGGCGAGGGGUGGCUUUGAUUUCGGCGAUGAGCUCCCAGAAAGGCAACGUGGCUCGUUCCAGGCCUCAGAAGCACCAGAAUACGUUUAGCUUCAAAAAUGACAAGUUCGAUAAGAGUGUGCAGACCAAGAAAAUUAAUGCAAAACUUCAUGAUGGAGUAUGUCAGCGCUGUAAAGAAGUUCUUGAGUGGCGUGUAAAAUACAGCAAAUACAAACCAUUAUCAAAACCUAAAAAAUGAUGGAGUCUCGCUCUGUUGCCUAGGCUGGAGUGCAGUGGCAGGAUCUUGGCUCACCCACAACCUCUGCCUCCCGGGUUCAAGUGAUUCUCCUGCCUUAGCCUCUCGAGUAGCUGGGACUACAGGCACACACCACCAUGCCUGGCGAAUCUUUGUAUUUUUAGUAGAGAUGGGGUUUCACCAUGUUGGCCAGGCUGGUCUCGAACUCCUGACCUCAUGAUCUGCCCGCCUCAACCUCCAAAGUGCUGGAAUUACAGGUGUGAGCCACCAUGCCUGGCCUAAUUUGUAUAUUUCUAAUGACUCAUGAUGUUGACUGAGCAUCUUUUCUUUUUUUUUUUCCUUGUUUUUUGAGAUGGAGUCUUGCUCUAUAGCCCGGGCUGGAGUGCAGUGGUGCCAUUUCAGCUCAAUGCAACCUCUGCCUCCUAGGUUCAAGUGAUUCUCCUGCCUCAGCCUCCCGAGUAGCUGGGAUUACAGGCACACACCAUCAUGCCCAACUAAUUUUUGUAUUUUUAGUAGAAACAGGUUUUCACAAUGUUGGCCAGGAUGGUCUUCAUCUACUGACCUUGUGAUCCGCCCCCCUCGGCCUCCCAAAGUGCUGGGCUUAUAGGCAUGAGCCACCGCGUCCAGCCGACUGAACAUCUUUUCAUGUGUUUAUUAGCCAAUCCUAUAUCUUCACUGGUGAAAUGUCUAUUCAGAUGUGUUGCCCAUUUUAAAAAUUGGGUUGUUUUCUUACCAUUGAGUUAUGAGUCUUUUAUAUAUAUUCUAGAUACAAGUCCUUUAUCAGAUAUAAUUUGGAAAUAUUUUCUCACAGUCUGUAAUGUGUUAUACAUCAAUUUUAAGAUAUCCUUCACAUUAAGAAACUAACAAUGUGGAUAAUAAUCCUGGUAUUGACAGAGGUUUGGACUCCUGAAGCCUGAAAGACUAUCUGCUGCCACGCCUGGGCAUGUACUGCAUCAUUUACAAGACUGUAGAGCACCUGUUGUGUGUGCAGUUGUGAUUUCUUAUAGAUUUUUAGAAUUGGAAGGCAUGUAAACAACACGUAGUCUGGUACAUUGCCUCAGUAGGUAAGUCAGUAUGAACUUCUAAGAAUUUUUGUUUUCUUCUGUAUUGGGCCUAUUGUGGGUAUGUCCAAUGUGACAGGGGAGGUAAGGGAAGUGGCUUCCCCUGAGGUUGUAAUUGAAAUGGCUUUCAUCAUCUUUAAGUCAAAGUGAGAUGCCAGUAAUAGGAUAUAUGUAUAUAUGUACUUGUGUCUCUGUAUGUGUGUAAAUAAACGUGCUGGAAGGAGGAGGUGAUUCAAUCAGGGACUUCGUGAAAGAAAAAAAGAAUAACUGGACCUUCCUUUAAUGAUGAAAACUGUUUAUACAGCAAACCAUCAAAGCCAAAAUGUGAAUUUUGGUAUUAGUCUGAUUUUUCCUAAGAAACUGUUGAUGUAACCACUGUAGUUGCAGAGAUUGUUUUGGUAUAUUCUAGGCCCUCUUUGUUUUGUUCUGUUUGGGGUUUCUUCCCCCUCAAGUUGCUCUUGUCCACCACUAGACUGGCUGCCUUUUAUUCCAUAGCAGACAGUCCUUAAGUCUUUGCAUAUGUCCUUAUUCAAAAAUUAAUCUUCAUCAGUUUUUUUCUGCAGAAAACAGUUUUUUAAAUAUCUUACAUGAGAAUGCCCUGCACCUGCAAUCUCUGGUUGAUGCAGUUUCCUUUCUCUCUUCUCUGUUCCCAUUGGUAGAAUAAAUCAGUUCCUUCUUAAAUCCUGAGCUGAAAAUGUCCACACUUCCCAGAAGUGUACUUUAGAAUCACCUGUAACAUGUAUUUAAAAUACAGAUUCCCCAGCUCCACGAGCAAAGCUCUCCUGCCAUGUGACCCUGAUACAGUUCAGGGAGCCACUAAGUCAGGCCAAAAUGGCUCAGCAGGCAAAGGUCCAAGCUGCCAGGGUAUUAUGUCAUUACAGCAUGCUUAGCAUAGCUAGGAGGACAGGCUCACACCCAGCCCCACAGCUGUUGCGCUACAGACUCAGGCACAGGGCUGUCUAACUGGCAGAUGUGGGCCACAACUGUUGGGGACAAGCCAGCCAUUUUUGGGAAAAUCUUAUUGUAAGGGGCAAGUGUGAGUGAGAUUUAGGAGUCAUGGGAAAAUACAGCAACACAGUAAAUCUUGUGUUAUGGGAGAGAUGUGGAAGAAAGAGAUAAACUACUGGCCAGGGUGUCUCCUGACUGGGUGACUUGCCACCACAUGGGCCAGGCAGGUUGCGGCAGCUCUGCCUUUGGGAGGUGGCUGGAGGAGGGGAGGAGAGAGAGGCAUGAUGAAGACAGAUGCACCCUUUCCUGAGCAGGGGUUAACAGUCAGGGUGCCGAAAGGAACUCCACAGCCUGUUUCCCAUCUCUCUUGUCCUCAUCAAGUACUGGUCCUCGUAUAUGUGUUCUGCUUCCACUUUCUCAGGAUGCUUACGUUUUUGCAAAUAUGUUUAUGGAAAAGAGUUACCUCACCCACCUCUCCAAACAUCUAUUUGUUUUACAUUUUUAUUGCAGGGGAGUAAUCUCUUUACAUAGCUUCAAAUAGCAUAACAUUCAGCAGUAUCCAAGCUUAGAUAUAUCUGAUGAGAGGAAAGUAAUUGUGAGGCCUUUGUUCUAGUUACAACUUUGUCACUAUCUGACUCCAUGACUCCAGCAAAUUGCUUCCACUGUCUGGCCUGCAGUUUUUUUCUUGCAUUAAAUAACAGACUUAGUCUAGAUCGGUGGUUCUUAUCAUGUGGUUUCUGGACUAGCAGCAUCAACAUUACCUGGGAAACUUGUUAGAAAUGCAAAUUCUUGGGCUCUGCCCUAGACCUACUGAAACAUACUCUGUGGGCGGGGCCCAGCAAUCUGUGUUUGAAACGCGAUUCUGAUUAUUUGACAAAAGUUUGCAAACCACUGGUCUAGAUAAGUAGCGCUUAGCCUUGGCUGCACAUUAAAAUCAUCUGGGCAACUUUUAUAACCUACCAAUCCUGGCCUCUUCCUCCAAAGAUUCUGACUUAAAUGGUUUCAGAUGGGGACCAUUAUUAUGUGGUUAUAGCGGACGUCUAGGUGCUAUCCGAGGUCUUCAAAACUAAAAGUCAGUGUUUCCCAGCCGUAAAUGCAUACCUCUAGACCUGACCUUCUCAAGCCACUAGGUGUUGCUAUAAUAGAGAAGAAAAGGCAUUUUCAGAACUGUCUUUGGAUAUGGACGAGGAGGAGGAAAAUGUAUUUCUUAACUUCUGAUAAGAGAUUACUUUGUUAUUUUAAUCUGAGUGCAAUUUGCUAAAUAUUCAUUUGCAACUUGUUAAAUUUAUUCAAAGAAAUUAAAUGCCCAUAAAUGACAGAAAGAAUAAAGAAUUGUGAUAUAUAUUUACAAUAAAAUACUCUUUAGCAAUAAAAA